AUGCCAGUCUCAAAUAAUCUAAAGAAGGCUCAAAAGACCCGCAGCGAUCCCUAUAAGUUCGCUAAGACCUACAACCUCGAUGUUAAUUGGAAAAUGACAACCUCCAAUAUGGAGAAGGUUGUCAAUACAUUCAAACAAACCAAAGUAAAAACAAUUGUGAAGACACUCCGUAAGGUUAAGCUAAACAAUGACACAGCUAGCCUAAAAGCUAUUAAUAAAACAACAGCUGAAUAUGAUAAGCUAAAAGUGUGGACAUGUACAGCAAUUGAAUGA